AUGGGCUUGAUUGCUCGUUUCCUCCGUGCCAUCGUGCGCAACGAUGCGAUGCGCAACGACCCCGACGAGAUCUACUCCUGGAGGGUCAUUGCCCUUGUCUGCUCUGCUUGCUUCGGUGGCAUGCUCUUUGGCUGGGAAACCGGCGCCAUUGGUGGUGUCCUGGCCAUGGAAGACACUCAAAAGCGCUUUGGCUACGCUGACGCAUCGGCUAAACACAAGGCCACGCAGGACCAGAACAUUGUCUCGACCUUGCAGGCAGGGUGUUUCCUGGCCUGCUUCCUCACUUCGUGGCUUACGGAGAAGUUUGGUCGCCGAUGGUGUUUGAUUGCUACGGGAGCGCUCACGACGGCCGGCGUCAUCUGCCAGGCUGGCUCAGCCGUCAAGGGAAUCAUCGCCGUCAUGUAUGUCGGGCGAUUCAUCUCCGGCCUCGGAGUUGGAGCGGCGUCGACUCUUGUUCCUCUUUACGUCUCUGAAUGUGCCCCUCGGGCUAUUCGUGGAGGCUUGAUCUCCUUCUACCAACUCUUCAUCGUUCUAGGCGUCAUGCUCGCCUUUUGGACCAACUAUGGAUGCCUUCUCCAUGCCACCGCCCCAGCCAUCUACAUUGUGCCCCUGUCUCUCCAGGCACUUCCUGCAGUCCUCUUGAUUUUUGGAAUGUUCUUGUCCCCGGAGAGUCCUAGAUGGUGUGCCAAGCAGGACGACUGGGAACGAGCCACGACUAUUCUGGUCAAUCUACGAAGACUUCCCGCCGAAUCCGACUACGUUCGAACCGAAAUUCAAGAGAUGGCCGAACAACUGGAAACAGAGCGAAGGCUCAUCGGAGAUGCCUCGGCUGUGGCGCUUGCCAAGGAGAUGUUUCUUAUCUCGGGGAAUAGGAAGCGUACUUUCAUCACAGUCACGCUGAUGAUCUGCCAGCAGAUGACUGGUGUGAAUGCAGUGAACUACUACGCCCCGCAAAUCUUUGGAAACCUCGGCAUGACGGGAACAGAGACGUCGCUUUUUGCUACCGGUGUCUAUGGAGUCGUCAAGGUGGUCGGCUGCGCCAUUUUCUUGGUCUUUGCAGCAGACUCCCUGGGCCGGAGAAGAAGCUUGCUGUGGACGAGUGCUGCUCAGGCUGUCGUGAUGUUUAUUAUUGGAAUCUACGGAAGAGUAGAGCCCCCAGUCGCGGGCAAGGCGAUUUCGCCGUUUGGAUAUGUCGCGAUUACUUGCAUCUAUCUCUGGGCGGCUUUCUACCAAUUUGGCUGGGGUCCCUGUUGCUGGAUUCUUGUGAGCGAGAUUCCCACCGCGCGGCUUCGUUCCAUGAACGUGGCACUCGGCGCAGCCACUCAGUGGCUCUUCAACUUUAUCAUCGCGCGGACUGUUCUUACAAUGCAGCAAACAAUGGGCGAAGCCGGUUAUGGAAUGUUCUUCAUGUUUGGAUCCUUUUGUGUCCUCAUGGGCACCUUCGUUUGGUUCUUUGUCCCUGAAACCAAGGGACUCAGCUUGGAGAAGAUGGACGAACUGUUCGGUGUGGCUGCCUUGGCGAAUGGAAAGGAGGUUGAUACGGAGAAGGAAGCAGCUCAGCCUAGGAGCAGCCAUGACUUGUAA